UGGAGCAUGCGCGGGUCUGUUCAUGACGGCGGACGGACGUUUUUUUCGCCUUCGGUCCGUGAACGGAGACCACAAGGAUAGUGUUUGCAGUUGGGGGCAGCUAAACCAAAUGUUGAAUCAGAGUCUGACAGUCACUCAGUUUGUCUUAACCUGAAUUUUGCAAAUGGAAGAAAACAGCACCGUUCUCAGUGGAGAGAAACCAGACACAGGUGCUGUGUGUGGACGAGGAUUCACCCGAUCGUCUGAUCCGUCAAAACCUAGACGCGGUGACGGUGGGGGGAAGCCGUGGAAAUGCGGAGACUGCGGGAAGGGGUUUAUCUCCCCAUCAAAGGUGGAAAUUCACCGGCGCAUUCACACCGGGGAGAGGCCGUUCACCUGCACCAAGUGUGGGAAGGGCUUCACUCAGCUAUCUGACCUGCUGACCCACCAGCGAAUUCACACCGGGGAGAGGCCGUUCACCUGCCCUGACUGUGGGAAGGGUUUCACCCAGUUCACCCACUUGCUGACGCACCAGCGCGUGCACACGGGGGAGAAGCCGUUCACCUGCUCCGACUGUGGGAAAGGAUUCGCUCAGUUAUCCAACGUGCUGCGACACCAGCGGGUUCACACCGAUAAGAGGCCUUUCAAGUGCCCAGAGUGCGGGAAGUGCUACAAAAGCUCCGAGGAGCAAACGUCCCAUCAGCGUGUUCACACGGACGAGAGGCCGUUCAGGUGCUCCCACUGCGAGGCUGGUUUCAAGCGCUCGUCUCAACUCGCUCUACACCAGCGGGUUCACACCGGAGACAGGCCGUUCACCUGCUCCACCUGCGGGAAGGGAUUCACUCAGUUAACCCAUCUGCUGACGCACCAUCGAACGCACACCGGGGAGAGACCCUUCCCCUGCCCGGAGUGCGGAAAGGGAUUCGCCCAGCUCACCCACCUGCUGGUCCACCAGCGGUCUCACACUGGGGAAAAGCCGUUCAGCUGCUCUGCGUGCGGCAAGGCGUUCACGGCCUCGUCCAUUCUGCAGGCACACCAGCGGGUUCACACGGAUGAGCGGCCAUUCAGGUGCUCCUACUGUGGGACAGGGUUCAAGCACUCAUCCCAACUCACUGUCCACCACCGUCUUCACACGGGGGAGAGACCAUUCACUUGCUCUGACUGUGGCAAAGGAUUCACUCAGUCGUCCCACCUCCUGAGACACCAGCGAGUUCACAAAUAACUGGAGGGAUCGAACGUUGUUGUGGAUUCAGACUCUCUCAAGUGGUUUAUUAUUGAUUAACUAAGAGGUACUGUUUUCUGUCCUUAAACAUGAUAGGCUCCGGGACCGGAGGAGAUGCCAACAACAGCACUGAGGGAAGUGAAAAUAGAAACUGCAGCGAUACUGCCAUAAUAUUCUAAUCUGCCUUACACAGGGAUGGUGCCAGAGGACAGAAGAAUUGCAAAUGUCAGGCCCCUUGUUGUAAAAUGGCCAUAAAGACCAGUUCAGUCAAUGGAACAGCAGCGAUGAGGAUUCUUCUGCAAGUAUUCAUUAGAGACCAAUUAAAAUUCAUAUCAGUAAUUACUGGUUAAUUAAUCAGAGUUAGCAUUAAUUUUAAGGCAAAAUGGUCACUGCUAGAGAUUUUUUGUAAAGUUCAUCAGUUGAUGUGGUGUGUGUGUGUAUGUGUGUGGACCUCCAAAGGGUAACUGAUACAAUGCCACACAACAGACCAGUGAGCAAAGUUAAAGCUCCUGCAAUGAAGGGGACGUGGAUACAGAAUUGGCUGAGUGACCGGAAACUGAGGGAGAAUGGAUGUAUUUAAGCUGGAGGAAUUUUAGUCAUGGAUUUGUUAUGGUCGGUGUUGAGAUGUCUGCUUUUCCUCAUGUAUCGACACAAAACAUUUUCAACCAACUUUAACGUUUACCUGUAUAUAUUCAGUGACUGUUUUUUAAAAACAUAUUAAAUGCCCUGAUUUAAUCAUGUGACUGGAAGGAGCAGAAACCUUGUGAAAACCUGUUCAGAGUCAGUGAGACAUCACCAGCUUCUAUCCCUCCUGAUAGGACAAACUAUUGUGUUGGAAACUGUUUAAAAAGUUGUGUUACUGUGUCCAACAAAAAACCCCAACACAGAAGGAUUGCAGUUAUAUCAAGAAGAUCUGUUUAUUGCCCCACUUUCAUUGGAUGGGGUAUUGAGUAUAAGAGCUGACAGAUCAUGUUAACACUGUACAAGACAUUGGUUCGGCCGCAUUUGGAAUCCUGUGUACAGUUCUGGUCGCCACAUUACCAAAAGGAUGUGGAUGCUUUGGAGAGGGUGCAGAGAAGGUUUACGAGGAUGUUGCCUGGUAUGGAAGGUGCGAGCUGUGAAAAGAGGUUGAGUAGGUUAGGUUUAUUUUCAUUAGGAAAAAGAGAUUGAGGGGGGACCUGAUUGUGGUUUAUAAAAUCACGAAGGGUAUAGACAGGGUGGGUAGAGACCAGUUUUUUCCCAGGGUGAAAGAUUCAGUAAUGAGAGGUCACGCUUUCAAGGUGAGAGGUGGAAAGUUCAUGAGGGAUACACGCGGCAAGUACUUCACACAGAGGGUGGUGGGCGUCUGGAAUGCGUUGCCAGCAGAGGUGGGAGAGGCAGGCAUGGUAGAUUCAUUUAAGCUGUGUCUGGACAGAUGCAUGGGUAGGUGGGGAGCAGAGGGAUACAGAUGCUUCGGAAUUGGGUGACAGGUUUAGACAGUAGAUUUUAAUCAGCUCAGGCUUGGAGGGCCGAAGAGCCUGUUCCUGGGCUGUAAGUUUUCUUUGGUUUUCUUUCCAUCAGAAGUUGUUUUAUCUGUUGCGCAAGCCUUUGUCUGAAUCCCCUUUCUCUCAGUCUCUUGUCUCUCAGUCCCCUGUCUCUCAGUUUUUCUUGCCAAGGAGGCUUGGUCGCAAUAUGCUUCCAGUGCUGAAACCGACUGCUUUUUAAUUCCACCAUAUUGAAAUAGGCAGGCAGUUCAGGGAUGAAUGAUGUUUCCUAGUACAUCCACUGAUUAUCUCAACCUUCCCCCUCUCAAAACAAGGUCAAAUCUCUGAC